CCGGCGCCGCCCCGCCCCAGCCCCCGCCCCCGCGCCGCCGCCGCCCCCCCGCGCCGACGACAUGGUGCGCGUCGCCAACGCCGGCCUGCGCACGCCCUCCGGCGCGCUCGCCCACUACCUCACCUGCCCCCGCCCCCGCGCGCCUCCCCGCUCCGCGCUCUCCCUGCGCGCCGACAGCCCCGAGCGCGCGCCCGCCGUGCUCACCGCCAGCGCGCACGUGCUGCGCCGCGCCGCCACCCACUCCCCGCCCUCGCCCCCAUCCCCGCUCACCGCCAGCGCCCGCUUUCUGCGCCCCGCCCCCCGUUCCCCCCAGUCCCCGCCCCCUCCGCUCACGGCGAGCGCUCACGUACUCCGCCGCGCCGCCACUCACUCUCCCCCUUCGCCUCCCCCUCCGCUCACCGCCAGCGCGCAUGUCCUCCGGCGCCCCACUCCCCACUCCCCGCCUUCCCCGCCGUCCCCCCUCCGGGCGAGCGCGCACACGCUGCGCUCCCGCCUGUCCCCCGCGCCGCCGUCGCCGAUGCGGGGGAGCGCGCACGCCCUCCGACCGCAGAGCUCGCAGGCCCCGCCCUCCCCGCCGACGCCCCGCCCCUCGCGCCUCCCGCGCCGCCACACGCUGCUGGCGCCGCCGUCGCCCCUGCAGGGCGUCGCGCCGCUGCGCCGCCAGCGCCCCGUGACGCCCUCGCCGCCGCCCUCGCCACUGUCACCGCCCUGCGACUGUCUCCCGCUCCCCCUGGAGCCGAUCCCCCCGCCCGACCUGUUCGACUUUUGAACUGCGAGGAGGCGGCGCCGCGUUCUCGAGACGAAAUGAAUUUCUCGAUGCGUCUCCAAAGUUUCAAACCUACCCUCACCGACGCGGGACGCAGUUUUUUAUUUUCGAAUAUUUUACUUUCGCAGUCAAUCUGUAAUCGUCGUAAUGUUAUAAUUGGUACUAUUUUUAAUCAGUUUUUAAUUAUGUGCCGACUCGUUUUAACCGACACACUUAUAUAGGAGUAAUAUUAUUUAAUACGAUUGUAAAUAUAUCGGCUCAAAAUCGUUUUAAUCUACUGCCCGACUAUGAGUUUGCCACCGAUGGAUUACGCCGGGACGCCAACAUCACCGCGAUGUUUCAUCGGAGACGGUCCGGCCAAUAUUUUGCGGACCGAUUUUAGUUAAAUAUACAAUAAUCGCUCUCGUAACGCCUCGUUUUAUUUCUUUUUUUUUUGUAAAAAUAAUUCAAAUAACUUUUUAUAUUAUAUAAUUUUUAUUUUAGUGUAAGGCGCGCUCGUGCUACCGCUUAUUUUGCGUGUUAAAUGUAAUAAUGUACAAAGUGAGCUCGCGCUCGAUGUAAACUUAGCUUAGUUUAAAUUUUUUUUCGAUUAUAAUAAUGACAAGUGCGCGUUGUGAGCGCGGAGUUGUAAUAAAUACGAUUGUUCUACUUGUAACUUACAGCUUUUAAAUUAUUAAGGUGACGCGUCGCGUCGCGUCAGCGCGGCGUCGCCCACUUUUUUUUACACCAACGACCCGGUUGACGUUUUGAAAUUUUACAAAAUGACGCCCGCGGCGACGCGACGCGACGCGCGUGAGUUUGUGAUAAGAUUGCCAUAGUAAAUAUAUGAUAUCGAUAGCGAGUACCUGUUUAGUAUGGCAAUACCGUCGACAAAUGUGCUUCGAGUGUGCGAGGAGUGCGCGAGUGAGCGCGGAGUGAGGAGCGCGGCCGCCCGACAGUGCUGUCUCUUUCUAAUUGUAAGGCUGAAUUAGAAAGCGUCUGUCGACACGAGGUCAGUAGGACACGCGACUAAGUAUUAUGGACUCUGUAGCGAUAGCAAUAAAGAUCACUUUUCGCAUUUUCAGCCUCUAUUUUACGUGUGACGCAGUGUUAUAGUUCUGUUUGUGUGUGUGAGCGGCGGCCGCGAACGUUUUCUAUUACAUUAAGCGUAGUGUUAUACUUUUACAGGAGAUCACAAGCGUCCCGCGACCGCUGACACGAUGAAUUUCAAAUCUGUAAUAUUUAUUUGAAUCGAGGGUAAUUUUAAAAAUUUUGUAAUUUUAAAGUUGGCAACCCUGGUUGUCAACGUCACUGUCAGUGUGAAUGUCAGUGCGGCGCGGCGCGGGACGGACGUUACUGUAGUAAUAUAUUUAUAUAUUAUGAGCUUCAGUUACUAGUGUAGCCGGCACGCGAGUGCUCGGCCUUUUUGUGAAAUAUUCAAGUGGAAAUAAAUUUUAUUUUUAAUUCCGA